GGCCGGUGCGGGAGGCUAUGCCUUGCUUCCGGUUCCGGUCUCUGUUCCCGGGGGACAGGAGAGAUGCGGGCGCCCGUGGGCCGGCCAGGCAGCAUUCCUGCAGCUGGCGAUCGCGCGCGCACCAUGGCUGCAGCACCCACCGUCUUGCUCCCAGAACUCCGCUCGCUCCUGGCUGCUGGCCGGGCCCGGCUUGUGGACGUGAGGUCUCGGGAGGAAGCGGCCGCCGGGACCAUCCCCGGGGCGCUCAAUAUUCCGGUGUCUGAAUUGGAAAGUGCCCUGCAGAUGGAGCCCGCUGCUUUCCAGGCUUUGUACUCCGCUGAGAAGCCGAAGCUGGAAGAUGACAAUCUCAUUUUCUUCUGUCAGAUAGGCAAGCGUGGCUUGCAGGCCACCCAGUUGGCCCAGCGCCUUGGAUACAGAGGGGCUCGCAACUAUGCAGGGGCCUAUAGAGAAUGGUUCCAGAAAGGAGGUUAGGUAGAAAGUGGCUUAUGGACUGUGAGCCCAGCCCCAAGAGACACCUAACUGAACAUGAGGAAGAGGCAGACUCGUUGGGGUGGGCCAAUGCCUGUACACGCAAAAGCAUCCAAUAAAGAGCAUUUCAUCAAAGCCCUGGAAGCAUC